GGGGUGCGUGCGGCGCGCCGGGGAGAGAUGCUGCGUGUGUGUAAUUUUAUCCACGCUGCACUCUGGGAGUUCACACGAGCCCGAUACCUUUUGCCUCCUCUGCUUUGUAUCAAUUGGUCGCAGAUCGGGCUAUUGUUGCAGGAAGCGGCUUUUAUUUCUAUGCUCUGCCGAUCAGCUAUUUUCCCCGCGGUCUCCUGCCGAAUUUCAGUGGGUCUCUCCCUCUCCCCCCUCCUCCUGCUCCCGGUCUCUCAUGCGUGCCGUCUGGCUAGCUGGAAACCCAAGGAGAAGGCUGAUCGCGGCAGCUCCAUCUAACACAAACAGCUGGGACUCCUCGGUGGCCUUUGCCGAUGUCUAUUGAUUUAAGUAAAUCUGAGACAGAUAAAAGGGCCGGAGCGAGGCCGAUAGGAACUCGCCGAUGCUUCGCCACCCGGACCGGAGCGCGCUUCGCCAGCCCGGCGCGCCGCUAGCGAGACGUCCCUGAUGGGACCCCCGGUGCCGCUCGCUCCAAGCCUCCGUCGCCCCAGCAGACUGCUCGCCGCGGCCAUCAUGCCACAAUGCUCGUAAUUUGGAUCUUGCUCCUGAGCCUGUGGCAGCAGCCGUGCGCCCCGGGCCCGGCCGGAGCCUCCCCCGGCGACCCCCGGCCGCGCCGGGAUGCGGGGGGCCGCGGCGGCGUCUACGAGCACCUGGGGGGAGCGCCCAGGCGCAGGAAGCUCUUCUGUGCCACCAAGUACCACCUGCAGGUCCACCCCAACGGCAAGAUCAACGGCACCCUGGAGAAGAACAGCGUCUUCAGUAUCCUUGAAAUAACAGCUGUUGAUGUUGGGAUCGUUGCCAUCAAGGGCCUGUUCUCUGGCAGAUACCUGGCCAUGAACAAAAGGGGCAGACUUUAUGCGUCGGAGAAUUAUAACACAGAGUGUGAGUUUGUGGAGAGGAUCCAUGAGCUGGGUUACAACACCUACGCAUCCCGUCUGUACCGGACUGUACCUAACGGAGCCAGCACAAAACGCAAAGCCAGUGCAGAGAGACUCUGGUAUGUCUCAAUCAAUGGGAAAGGACGACCCAGGAGGGGCUUUAAAACUCGCAGGACACAGAAAUCCUCUCUCUUUCUGCCCAGAGUAUUGGAUAACAAAGACCAUGAAAUGGUCCGACUGUUCCACACAAAUACAAGAUAUCGAGAGAGCCUCCUGAGGCCUCCCAGUAAGAACCAGCGAAGAAGGAGAGGACGUUAAUGGGGUGGGGGGAGCUUGUGUUGGGACUGGAAGUGAAUGAGAGUCUUCAAAAUACUACUAAAAGAAACUAACAGCUGUGAUUGUAUGGCAAACAUUAACAUGGGCGUCUUUGAUACACUGUAUAAUAUACCUGAAAGUCACACCACUUACUUUUAGCUGUUUUAGAAUUAUUAUCCAUGGUAAAAAAGAUGUGAGAUAAGCUAAGGCACAUUCAAAUGUAAUUUAGUUUUAUAUAAUAAUUCUGUUGAUGGCUUUCACAUUUUUCUUUUCUUUAAAAAAAAAUAAUUGCUAGUAUUUUCACUCUAGCUCACCAUAGGGUACUAUCUCUGUGACUGUCCUCCCAGAUCAUAUGAACUUUUUACACUUACCAAUUUUGUGUCUACAGAGGAAGCAUAGCACUUUCAUGGCUCUUUUGGCAGUUGCUCAUAAAAGACUACAUUCCUAUUUGUAUGGAACAGAGGAAUCAGAAAACUGGUUUAUUUUGUACCUAACAUAUAUUUAUUUUUAUUAUAUGAUCAUUUAGUAUCAAUUAUUCUUUUUCCUUGAGCAUUCAAGAAACCUGAAACUGUAAGCUACUUUAAAUUUUUCAACAGACCUGCACAUUACUGCAGUAUUUUUGGAUUUGUUUAAUUAAAAUAUAAGACUCCUGAUCUCAUCAUUCAAAUAAAUGAAUGUUGGCAAGGUGGCAUUUGCAUUGGCCAAACAUUAGCAAUAUACAUAUUUACCAUUUGAUAAAUCAUUUCCUAAAAUAGGUCCCAAGUAUGAUGUGAAAGCUGAGCUUGUGGUAUUGACUGAACUUGUGAUAUAGAAAAAUUUGGCACUGAGGAUGAGAAUAUUUAUCAAGGACUUUUCUUUAGCUGAGUUUUCUACAGGAAUUUGUAGUUCUAGGUGAAAUAUGUAAAUACAUUUUAACUAUUUGGAAAAAAAACUGUCACGUUGAACACACAAAUCUGUAGUGAAUCAUCAGUUUAAGUUGGCUGCGGUGUUCUGCCUCUCUUUUUAAAUGCCUGUUAUUUUCCUGAAGUAGUCUUAAACUGAAAACUGUAACUCUAGACUAAGAUUCAUGAUCUUGAGUUCUGGCUCAUUCCACGAAAAUCUGUUUCUAUACAUUUUUAUACUCUUGUUCUGGAAAUUAAUUUUUGCAAAGCUGAGAGGAGUCCACAUUACAAGUUUAAUUUUUAGCAAAGGGUUACAUUUUAAUAUUUUCUCUGAACAUACCAGAGACGAUAGAACAAUAGAAAGAUUUAGAUGCACUUGACAAACACAAAUACUAAUAAUUUCAAUGAGAUUUGCCCUGUGUUCUUCACUUCCUAGAAUUAGUCUUUGAUACAUCACAGCUGGAGAAAAGAGAAACUGUGCUGAAAUAAGCAUUCAACCGGAAUUUAACAAAAGAUCUGCAAGUUAAAUACGACAUUACAUGGAAACAGAGAGGUACAAAUCCCAUUUGAAGCUAUAAUGACAUGAAGGUCUUCUUAUGGGCUAUCUGCUGAAUAACAGUAUGAUAUUUUAAUGCCCAUCAGUGAAAUCUUUCAUCACCAAGGGGGGAAUUUUGUGAAAGAGAGAAUUAAAAUUAAUACAUAAAAUGACUUUAUUAAGCCUAGCAGUCAUAGGUUUAGUACUGCUUACAUCCCUAUAAAUAUGAACACCAAGAGGUGUCUUUAUACCAAAAAGUAUACUCAGUUUUACUUCCACCUUUGUGGUUUUUUUGUUUGUUUGUUUUGGUUUAUUUUUAUUUUUUUUGUAAUAUUCCAACAAAGGAAGAAAUUGUGUUUGAAUAAGAAAAUCAGAUUAUUAUUAUUUUUUUAAUCUGCUUACCAAUGACAUGCAAAAAGACACUGAAAUUAUGUACAUUGAAGUAACAUAAAGUGGUGCACACAGAAUAGAUCUAGGUUUUAAAUAGGUUACAGGUAAUGGUGCACUAUGUUCCCAAUUUUUUUUGCUCUUACAAAAUAACUGAAAAUGGAAAUGGGAUCUGCACAGGACUAGACAGGCAGCAUGAUGUUCUCUAAAUCAGGAGCCAGUGGAAAAUCUGUGCAAAGUAAAGAGGAUGUUCUUGUUGAAAUACUUUUCAUUGCAGACAUUCAUUGCUUAAUAUUCUUUUAGUAACCUUUAAUUCCACAGUUCUUAGACACAGACAGGCUGAAAUCCUAUUCACAAUAAUUAUCCCAGCUGCAUCCUAUAACUCAUUUUAUUUCUUUGGGCCAGAAUCUGAUAGGAUAACUUAGCAAAGUUUCCAUACACUUGCUCAUUCUCCUGUGCACUGCUCUAAUAAAUGAUUCAAGUUCUGUAGCAAAGCUGACAACAUUUGAAGUUUCUUCAGCUGAGGUGUAUGGUGCUGUCUGAGCUGGGACAAUGUGGUAACUCCUCACUGAAUGAAAAUAAGAGGGAAGAAAUUGGUUGAGUGCUUCAUGCAGUUGCCCUUCCAGAUUCAUGACAUUUUGACUUAUAGCUGAAACAGUUUUCCUAAUCUAUUUAAUCCUUUAUUCAGCCCAUCAUAGCUCUCAAACAGCUCAAAACUCCAUGACAAAUAUUCUGGUCUUUGGUGAUUGUGUUAGUACUUUAGUCAUCCUCUGUUCAUAAAAAGCAAUGGUUGUUUAUGAAACAUAAAUUGCUACCCCAUUUCGAACAACUAUGUUACAAGGCAUGAAUUAUUUCCCAAUUUACUCACACGUUUUUCUCCACUUUCUCAGAGUGGAUUUUCUCUCUCACUGAGUGUCAUUCCUCUGUCAUCCUGAGAUUCUUUGUUUCACCACUCGCUAUAGAUCUGGUACCUGUUUCCACAAGCCUUCACCAAGAAAUAAUGGUGCACCCUGUUUUUACUUGGAAACUGCUUCACACUUAUGCCCCCCAGCACUGAAUAUUUAAAAGUGAUACUGGUGAUGUUUCUAAGAUAAUCUUAUUUAUUUACACAGAACAUAAAACUGUUGUUUUCCUCAGUCACAACAAGCAUGAAAUAAUUCUGGAGAAGAUUUUUUUUGUGAGAUUUUUUUUUUAAUGGCAGUACAUAGGCCCAAGCCUUCCCUGUUUGCUGCAAUCUUUUUUGUGAGUUCUUGAGUUUCCGGCUUUACUUCCUGAUUUUUUUUUCCUGUGUUUCUUCACCACUGCACAACCCUCUGCAAAACAAUAAAACAAUAAGCAAAGAAAUCUUUUUGACCACACAUGCCUUUGAUUUGGAUGGUUGCAUGGACCUGGUUUUGGAAAGGGGUUGGUAUUAGUUCAACUGUUUGGUUGACAAGGCUUAACUCUCCCUUAUUGUCUGAACCAAGUUACUCUCCCAGAUUUCAGAAGGUUUACUCCCAUCCAGAACAGUACAGGCUGAAAUAAAAAUCUAGAAAGCAAAGCUGUUAUUACACUGAUAUUAGUCAUCAUCUGUUUGAUUCACAGCCUCAUCGGUAAUUAUGAGCUCAGAGGAGCAAUCAAGUGAAUAUAUUUAAAAUUGUAGCCAGUGAGGGCAAUAUGAGACAUCACAAAACAAUGUCCUUGAAAAGCCUCGUUGAGUUACAGCUAAAACCUUUGCCCUGUGCACCCCGCCACAGUUAUGCACUGAAGUCCAGAAUCUCCCCCUCAGACAAUAACCUCAGAAAAUAAAGUUGUUAAUUAUGCUGAUGAAAACUUUGAAUCUUAGUGCUUGUUUUUAUUUUAUAUAAAUGAUAAGAUUCUUCAUAUUUAUAUGUAUAUGUAUUGCAUAUUUAUAUGUAUUUUUUCUCUGAAAAAUGUAUAAUCAAUGGCAUUAAAAGUGAGAAAUCCUUUCUCUGGCCUCAAAAACUCAAGGAUUAUACUGAAAGCGAGUGGUUUACAAUGUACCUCUCUGAAAACACAUUAAAACAAACUAAGUCAAACAUUUCUAAGUUUAGCAAUCAUGAAACUACUGAAUGUAAUAUACAUACAGAAAAUACAGUUACAGGUGUGUGCCCAAAGCAAAGGAUUUUCUAUAUAUUUUUAUACUCCUGGAAUUAAAUAUUUCAAUUUUAAUUACCUGUAAUGUUCUUAAGGCCUUGUAAAAAGAGACUUUCAAUUAAGACCACCAUUUACAUGUUGUUUGCCUGCAGAAUUGUUUUCUAAGAGAUAAACAUUUGCAAGGAGAUCAGUGUGCCAUUCUACCAAACAGAUCUUGAUAAGAACUGCUGUGAUCUCUUUUUAAAACAAUAAUCUGUGCACAAAAGGGCCUUACCAACAGCUCUUCUUCUCCUUUAGGAAAGCAAGCUAUUUUUAUUGGUAAAAAAUACAGCAUCUUUCUACUGAACAUAAAAACAAUCCUUUACUGGUGAAAUACACUAUCAAAGAAACAGACAAGUGAAACAGCAUACAGUGGAAUGAAAUGCAUAAACUCUUCCAGGUUCAAUUCUAUCAUGUUAGAACAUUAUUUAUGGUAACAGCCAUUUAGCAUGUACAUAAUGCAGGUUAAAUCUGAUACCAUUUCCAAGUGAAGGAAGAACAAGCCCUUCAGACUUCGCAGGUAAAAAUCUGAUGCUGGAGUUUGGGCUUCAGGUUCUGUUGUGUGGCCCAAGCUGAUAUGGUGGUCUGGGGAAAAUUGAGAUCUGUCUCCACACUUUGUUUUCCUGGCUCCGGGAUGCAAGUGAUCAUGACCUGCCUGUGCUACAACAUGGAAUAUGGUUGUGGUCACCAAGGGUCUCAUCAGCCUCUGUUCCUUGCGUGGGGAGGUCACGGACAGUGGAGGGACAGUAGCAUGUCAAAUACAGGAGACUGCAAAGAGUGUCUUCUUCCAAACUAGAUCUGGACAGAUACUACUGCAUUUUCUUGAGCUUAAAAAGUGGAAGUGAGAUGACAUCAAUCACCCCUUGGUUGCUUCUGGUCCUGCCGGCAUGUCACCACAGCUCCAGGGAUGGAAGCAUUAUUUUUUCUUUGUUCCAGUAAUGGCAUUUUAAAAAAGGAAUAUGGAUUCUGAGCUUUUGCUAUGCUAAUGGCAUAUUGCCAUUUUUUUCAAGUGAGGGAUUCUGGAGUACUUUGAGUCUUCUGUAAAUUCAUGCAAUGAACCAUUUGGGGCCCAUGUGAAUAAAAUGGUUAUUUUUUUGUAAGUAAAAAGUGCCUUGGUUUUUGGGUGUACAGUUUCUCAGUUGAGAGCACUGCCCAUAACUGUAAUGCUGGGAAGGUUUAUUUCAGCAGCAAGAAUUUGUAGAAAAAGAGGGAGAAAGAGAGAGAGUAUAUGUGCUAAGUCUCUACGAAAAUUUGGGAAAUCUGUACCCCUGUAAGAACUAAAAAACACACCAGAGCCAAAUAGCUUGGAUAAGGCAGUAUUUUCGUUAGUUCUGUGUAUCUGCUUCCUUAUCUGUUGAAGAAGAUUUCUGUUCUUUUUUCUUUAUUUUUUACUGAUGAAAUGUUUUGCACAGUGGAAGAAAAUGUGUUGAACUGAUUGUGAGUUGCUUUCUUUUAAAGCUAUCUUAACCAGUGCCUUUGAAGUUUGUAGCAGUGCUCAAGUUCAAAUGUCUCCUGUUUCCUUUCAGAAGGUUUGAAGGAUUUGGGAAGGUGAACAAGCAGAUCUAUAAUUAAAGAACAGUUGAUGGUAACUGUCCUCCUUUGUUAGCAUUCUCGAGCCACCUCCAAAUUUAGACAGUUAAAGAGAACUCUAUCCUGUUUUAGUUCUGCAAUAGUUUAGAUGCCACCGAUGCAUAGCAGAAGACUUUCUGAAAUCCAGGGUGCAUCCCCUUUCUGACCACAAAAACAAGCUCAGAGUCUUCACAUAUUAAAGAAAAUGCUGUGUUUUCCUACAGUAAUAAUCCUACAUGCUGUAGGAUCUUUAUUGCAGUCUGAACUGUUUAGAUUUGAAGAAUAGUGAUUUAUCUGUGAGUAGAAUUUAGAGAUAUGCUGAUACUAAUAAAAAAAAAAAAAAAAAAAGAAUUAAGAAGGGUGCUAGGAAGCUAUUGAUCAUUUAGAACCAAGAAAAGGAUUGCUUGUGCAUGAGUCUCCUGCAACGUCCUGCGUAGAUCAGAUGGUGGUGAGAUAAUAAACAUUAACAGAGUGGCUAUGGGAGACAUCUCCCCAAAUUUACUUUUUACAGUUCAACUAUUUAAUGCAAUUUCAGACAUCUUCACAAACUUGCUUUUUACAGUUCAACUACUUAAGGCAAUUUCAAGUUCAGAUACUCGGGUUUGUGAGCCAGUUAAAUCUCUUCAGGUAUAAUGAGGAGAGUUUAAUUAUGAUAUUCUGGAUGACUUAAAGAAAACUUUGUGAUAGACUUUUAAAAGAAACUGUCACCAGAGAGAUGAGUUGGUCACCCAGCUUUUCAACAGAGAACUGACUCUAGAAAGCUACAUCCAUAGUGCUCAACUAUGGCAGGAGCACCUGAAGGCCUGGUGUAGCUGGGAUCGUGCACCCCUUGGAGAACCAGAGCAGAGAGCUCCCCAUAUGCUGGCACCUGUCUAAAAUUGUAAAAACAAAACAAAAGACUAAGAAGGUAUAGCUCAGCCAAGUGCCUAACACAGGUGUUAGCUACAAGAAAAGUGUUAGCUACACCUUCCUUUUACAUUCCCACUAGAAGUCACACAAACGUUACUUUAUGCCACCAGAAAUGAGGUAGCCUGAAAGAAGCCUGCAGACAAUCUGAGACAGUAGCACUAGAAGUUAGGUGACAUACAUUACUCUGUAUGGAAUAGUUAUGGUAUGAUAAUAUAUGCUUGGUUUAUACUGCUCAGACAAUGGAGUCUCCCAGGCAUGUGUUGCUCAGACCAUGAAAACAACUGAAAAUUUAUCCUUAAAUUCUUAGACAUUUUUUCAUGGCAACAUGGGUCUAAAACUACAGCAGCAGAAACUGUGUUUAUUUGUGUCCCAUAGUCUGUCUGCUCAGAGGAUCUGUUAGCCAUAUUCAGUAGGGCAUAUGGAAAGAAAACCCUCUGGAUCAGAUUAACCGUUUCUUUCCCCAGUUCUGAAUGAUGAGCUCAUUGCAUCUCCAGUGCUUUGCUGUUCAUGCAUUUCAAAAAUAGCCAUAAGAAAUUGAGCUGUUCCCAGAUCUUCCCGGAGGGAGUCUAGGAUUCUUCAGAACUUAGAUUUUCCCUUAAAAAAAAAGAAAAAAAAAGUUACCUAAUAUAAAUGGGUCAGGGUAAUCUCAUUUUUUCCCCCUUCUUAGCAAACUCAGUCCAAUGGUUUCUGACCAGGGUCAACUCUUUACUCCUUAGUUCUUCAUAAGGGAUGUGACUAGGCUAAUGGCUGCUUGUUGUGUAUCUCCAAGGGGCUGCAACAAACCCACAAAAAAAACCACUUCUGAAAGCUCAUCUGUGGGCAAAUAUAAUGCUUCAGCUGCUGGAGAGAAAGAUAGCAGGGUCUGAACUCAGGGCCUACAUUUGAUUGUGUAGCCUUUUGUGUUUGUCACUAUGCAAAGAGAUCCUAGGGCAAGAAAUGGAGUCUGAUCAGGUUAAAUACUUCCUUGGGAAAAAAGGAAGGAGACAAGUCUAACUUUCCUUUAAUACCUUUUUCUAAAAGAUUAGCAUGGACUCUGCCCCAUAUCUCAGUACGAGGUAAGAUUAUUUUAAUGUAAACUUAAUACUGCUUCCUGUUUUGAACUCUAACAAACAUUGGGAUCUCUACAAAGAACAAAAACUAAGAAAGCUUUCUUGAUAAUAGAUCCGCAUGAAAACUUUUGUGGUUUUGCAGUGACAUUGUUCUGUCUCAUGGCACAGGCCAACCACUUCAUGUAACUUCUUUUCAACAGAAAAAAAAUCCUAUAUGCUACAUUUUUAAUGAUUUUUUCAUCAUGACUCUGGUGAGAUGAAAAAAAACCACAACAUAUUAAUUAAAAAAAAAAAAAAUCUUAUAAAAAAUAACCCUUAUAAAAUAGUUUAAUUUAUAAACUUCAUCUUGCAUUUGAAUAUUGGAACAAGGUUACCAUUUUAAAGGUGAGUUAGAAUGAUAGGCAAAAGUAUGCUUUCCUACUAGGUUUUGGAGCAAAUCUAGGUUAUGGCCUAUGUAAAGAACGUGUAUAGCUAAACAAAGUAAGAAAUAUAUUUUUAGAAAAUAAUGAAACAUUUGUUCAAAAAGCUGUGGAAAAAACGAAGGACGCUUUUUGCCUCUUCUCUAUGCAAUCUUGACAAAGCACUCAGACAAGAAACAUGGACAGACUGAAAUACAAGCAGAGAAGGUUAAGAAAAGUGUUUUACACUUUGAGCUGAUGUUGUGGUGCUGCUGCCUCCAUGAAAUUAUAGAGAAAAUGGAUGAAAAGUAAAGAAAAUUCCUGCACAUACUUCCAGGAAUAAAGCACCGUGACUGAGACUCGUAAAAUGCAUUUUUACGCACCAGUGACAACGUUGACUUGCAGAUGUGAUACUUCAAGUUCACUUAAUUUUGAAACAAACUCAUAUUAAUUUUUUCAUUUGGUUUGACUGUUUGUGAUGGCAAGCCAGUAAAAUGUUUUAACAGUUUUACAACUGUUUUACAAUCAUGUAUUCAAUUUUGGUGACAUGUACAUUUGCACCUGAAGACCCCAUCAGAAGACGAGUUCAUGUUAUGCAAGACAACAAUGCAAGGAGAUGCACAGUGUUUGUGGGAAGGCUCUUGAAUCAUCUGAUGGCAACCAGUAACCCAUCAUGGCAGCCACCUUGGGCAAGAGCCCUGGGCACAAUCCUGCUACCGGCAGAGGGAGCAGGAGCUGGCAAAGCUCUGUGCACAUCUCACACAUGGUGGUAGGGAACCAAAAUAAACUGCGUGCAAGACCAGGAAACAGGCUAAUGUCAUCCUCAGCAGGAAUCGUGACUUUGCAAGAGUAUGUGCAAUAGAAACUGGUAUUGCAUUUCAGGAACUUGGCUCAACUCUCCAACCCUGUUGUAUUUAAGCUGCUGUUCCACAUUGGUGCUUGUGAAAAGCAGGAUUUUCAAUUAAUUAUAUAUUUCAGAGAGGAGUAAUGGCCAGUUUUCUUGCUCCUGUAAAGAUAUAAACCUGCACAAAGUUCCAGGAGCUCUGUGAUAUCUCUUCCUCUUUUUCAAGAGAAGUAUUUAAAGUAAAGUGAAGUUUUUCCCCUUUUGAAUAAUUUUAUGCAAACUUUUGUAUUUCUUCAGUACCGUUAUGAGAGGGAAAAUUGUUUUGGAUUCACCAUAUUAAUUGCAAAUUGAUUUAAUGGGUCCUGUUACUGAAUCUGAGUAAGUACAGUUUUGAACAACUGAGAUACUUUUCACUGUAAGCAAUAAAUACCAGGGAUAGAACUGUAUUAUAGGAAACAGAGACUAUGACUGAGCUUUGAAUAAUCAAGAUUCUAGUUUGUAUCAUGUGUACUUUGGCAGCAGCUGAUUCCUAUAGAAAUAAAAAAAGUAAGAACAUGUGCAAACUGCUGUAUGGCACUACUGACACUAUACUGACACUACCACUGUGACCUCGUCAACAGCUUCAAGGUUAUCAUCAGGAGAGUCUUCAGCUUUUUUUUUUUCUUUUUUCUUUUUUUUUUUUUUUCCUGGUUGCAUGUGAGUUGCUAAGAUUUAUUACAAUCAUUGCAAGAGGACACCUGCUAAAUGUCAAAAGAUUCCUGGGAAACUUCAAGUGUUUUGUUAAGGCAAAACUACACCUUUUACACCGCCUUCAGGAAUUCAGCUCUGUGGACUACAGCCUAUUUUUCAUUAUUUGUACAUGCUUGAAAGCAGAAACAUAACCACAAGUUAUAUGCAGAAAGAUAUUUGUUCUCUGAACAAAUUUCUAAGAAGAUACAAGUUUUGGUUCUUGGGACUGCUGGUACAUAUCAUACCCUAUGUUAGUGCCAGAUCCUUGUCUGAGGUCAAUUGGCAUUGCUCUACUGGCUUUGGUGUAGCUCUGAGGAUUCACAACCUUAAGCACUUAAUCAGGUGGCUCAGCACUUUCUGAAAGUAUCAGGAAGAAUUAAAUUUAAACUUGUGAAACUUAUCCUAAACUUUUCAAACAUGGAAAAAUAAUGUUCAAAUUUCAAGAGGGUUUCGCUUAAAUUUGCCGUACAUCUCCUUUGGCUGUGUUGCAAUGUUUCUCCCCUACAUCAUCGUUUUAUUUUCAGCUCAGCAAUUCUCUUUUCUUUGAGCGAUGAAACACUGCCUGCUUUUCAAGACUAAUAUAUGGCCCCUGAGUGAAGGCAAGGCUGUGAUUCAAAUCAAGAGUUCUGUUGACAUUAUAAUCCUUUGGAGCACAGCUGGAGCAUUUCAUGAACGGUAGCAAAGACCCUCCAUUGAUUUACUGCCUUGGUAUUCAAUCAGGAGUCCAUGUUCUGUGUCGUUAGCUGCAACAUACAGAAAAUAACUCAGUGAACUUCUAAUUACAGCAUUUAGCUCCUUGCCUAUCUUGUAAGAGAAGAUUUGUGCUAUAUAUGAGAUGCUGCUGCUUUUAUGGAUUCUCCCCUAUUUCUAUAGCAAUAGGGCUUCAGGUCCUAAGAAGGUCCUCUGGUCUAUAAAUGGGAUAUACACCAAAGUUUCUCCCCGACUCUCCCAAACAGACAACUGAGCAGGCAGUGGCAGGAAUUUUCAUGCUUCUCCCCCAGCCUCUGCACCUUUUCUUUGUAUUCCCGGUUUGCAUCAACUUUACCCACCAUAGCCACCCCUCAGACACAAAAAAAAUCCUCGUUGUUCCCAUGAGAGCUGCAAAGGAGACCCUCAGCUCCACUCUCCACAGCAUGUAUGAGAGCAAUUUCGAAGCCGUGCUCUUUCUCGUCUCGCCCCUCGUUCCCAGUGAGAGAGCACGCGUGCUGCCAGCCCCCACCAACCUGAAGAUGAGAGUUCCCUAGAUUGUUUCCAGCUUGCAGCGCGAGCCCCGCUGAACGAAUAGCACUUACAGUAUUUUGGGGUAGUGACUCACAAGAAAGUCAUGAGUGCCCCCUUAAGAGGCUGUCUGAAGCCCCUGGUAAGAAGUGUUUUGUUUUUCCUGUUUUCGUUGUCCAGGCUGCCUGCAGAUAUUUCCACAAGUCUUGAACACGUUUUUCUGAAUUCAUUGCCCAAAAAGCAAGAAGCACCCUAAAAGGCAAUAGCGCAGAGACACAGAUCCCAGUCUGACAACAUUCCUGGUCUCCAUCACCCCUGUAGAAAUUGUCAGAACAUAUAGCCAUUCUGGUCAUCACAGUGCUGUGCCACCCAGGGCCAAAGCCAGUGAUGCUCCGGAAUGCCUUUCACCUGUGUGCGUCUCUACCAAUUCCAAUUGUAAUUCAGGCAGCUGAACUGUCUGGGAAUUCUAGGGUUUCUUGGCAGACCCACUAUCAAGUUUGUCAGUCAUAUUUUCACCUUCAGAAUCUUUACUGACCCUCUCAAAAAUAACAUGAAGUAGUCAGGGAUUAUUACCACAGACACUUGUGUCUCUGACAGCUUUGAGGUUUAAUGACUCGAUCAAAGGUGGAGAAAAGUUGGUAUCAAAGCAAGGUUUGGAUUCAAGAGCUCCUGGGCUCCAAAAAGCCAUAAGAUUCUGAGGUUUUGAGUGUUAUAUCUAGACUGAAAGACAGCUGUGAAAAGGAAAAAAAUGGUUUGUGUGCAUUUAUUUGUCUGAACAUGAGGCAGGAGAUACAGUGCAUUAAUAGAAGGUGGCGCUUGCUCAUCUUUUUCAUUCCCAACAUUUAUUCUGCAGAUGCCCUCAUGGUGGUUCAAGCCCUAGUAGUGUCUGUGUUUCCAAAUUUCCUUCUCUUGCUCAGCCAGAGCUUCAGCUGCUCAGAGCUCUGCUAUGGCCACUCUGUGCUAGUCAAGCCCUGCACUGGUGCCUAUCAGGGCAUCCCAACCCCAGGGCACAAAACUUUCUGAAAAAUCCUUCAUAGGUCUGUCACUCUUUGAUUUGGCCUAUAGUAUUAGUGAUUUUUAGCUGUACUACAAUUGCUCAGAUUUGUAUCACUACAGAGCUAGCAUUGCAUGAGGCAUGAGGAAGAUCAGUUGUAAUAUCUCACUUUCAGAAAAUAUAAAGCUUUCUAGUCCACAUACUGUUAAAGACAAAGUGUAAGUCCUGCAGAAGUUGAACAAUUCUAUGAAAAUAAGCCAGCCAUGAAAUGUGUCUAUUAUUGCUGCUUUGAAAGUAUUUCUUAAUGUUAUUCUUGUCAAACAAAUAAUGUACUCCUUAAUAUUCUUUUUUCUUGGAGCUUUGAUUCUAACUUAGUGAAAAUCAGCUGGGGGGAGUGGGGGAAGAACACUGAUUCAAUCAGUACAGGAUCUGACUUUAGUGAAAUAAUGUCAUGUAAAAUAAUGAGGUUUAUGACUGCUUAUUUGGUGGGGCUGGGGUUAUCCAAUGGGAGAAAUACUACCAAAGUCCAGUGAGAUAUGGUUACCAGGCAGGAAUCCUGGGAGAUUCUGUUACCACACAGGAAUCCCAUGAGACAGUAUUAUCAAGCAGGAAUCUGUAGUAUUCAGUUCACCACAAGGCAGUAAUAUUAGAUUUUUAGAAUUAAAUCCUGUGGUAUCUUGUUUUAUAAGAGUUGGCACAUAAGGAAAAGAGAAAAAUGCAAUGGAAGAAAGACGUUUCUCUGGAAUCUGAACUGGAAGCCCUAAUUGUUAUACCUAUUCAUAGCAGAAAUAAAAUGUCACAGAUCUUCCUCAUCAUCAUGAGAUAUUUUUACUAAACAUGUACCUGUAACACUGUUAUAUUUGGCAAGAUGUGGCUGGAGAUUUGCUUCAAGGGUACCUAAUUUAAUCUCAACCUCUCCCUGGAGAUUGGCUACUACACCUGUAAGAUUGAGAGACUUUUGCCAGAGAUGGACUAAAGCUGAGCGAGCCUGAAGGAGGAAAAAAAAGCUUGGUUUUCCCAUUCAGUCACAACAGUGGCCAAUUUCACAUGCUGCUACAAGAAGGAAAAAAGUCAGAUGACCACCAUGGAAGGAUUAACAAUGUUUAUAUGUUUAACAUCAACCUAAAAGCCAGGCCAAUGAUUUGUGGACCUCUGAAGACUGAAGAUGUCAGAGAAAUCUCAUCUGUGAGAAACCACUGACUUUUCACAAAGUUUGUUUCCUCCUGCUUAGUUAAAUGCAAUUCUCUCAAUAUAAUGUGCUUCUAAAAACUCUUUCUUGUAUUGCAAAGAAAUUACUCUCAUCUUCACUUGUUUCCAUAGUCUUUUAGAAAUACAUUCUUCUUUGUUGUUCUCCCCACCAGAAUCUCCUGUCCUUACCUGUACAAAUGAGUAUGCAAGGUAUACUUUCAAAAAACUGGCGUGGGAGCCACUUGCUUCAGUGUCAGGGUGGUAUUUUUGCAGAGUGACUUGCUGAAGUCAGGUGGAGUCGCAAAGCAGCCUAUGCGGCAAGUCACAAGAUUGAGACUUAGAGCAGAAAUCUGGUCAUGAAUUUGGUUUGGGAUUUAUUGCUCAGCAACUUGGAGCACAGCUAGUCAACAGCUGGCUCUCUAGCCAAAACACACCAGCAAACAGAGAAAAAUUGUCAUGGUAACAGUGUUACAGUGCAUAUUGCAAUGGCACUCUGGUCUACUAAGGGAAUUCCUAAGUGGUACCACAGUAAAAAUUAUGACUAAUAAUAACCAGUAAUAGUAACCAUUGCUAAUACUAAUAAUAGCAAUAAUUAUAUUUAUAGUAUAACAACAGCUAGAUAUAUAUGGCUAGUAUUUGGUGAUUCCAAAUUGCUGCUUAAACGUGUCUGCUCCUCCAGCAGCAUAGAGUCAGUCCACAAGCAAAGGUGUUGAUUAUAUUCCACUUUGCAGCUAAAGGAACUGUCUUUCCUUUAUCCAUAAUCAUAGCAGAAGCUUAAAUAAAAUAUAAUAAUGUGUAACUUUGUCAUAAAUGAGAAUGGAUUUGGUGAAAACAAAAAAAAGGAAGGCCAUCUCACCACAACAUGAAGCAAAAAUGUUGAUUUAAGGCAACUCCUUUUCCUAGCCUCCAUGCACCCACCCUUUAACCACUUUAUCUUGGACCGGCUACUCGUUCCUGACAUAAGUGGUUUUUAGACUAUACUGUGAACCUCAAAAACUUUUAAGAAUUUUUCUCUUUUCUGGGAAUUUAUCAUUUCCCUAUCCCAGUUCCCAUUGGAACAAAAGAGGGGGAAGCGCUAAAUCCCCUGAAAGCACAUUGCCACCACCAUCAAUUCGUGAUCCAAUGUAUUUGGGAGCUAACUUUGCAGCCUGUGUUCACGUUGAGUUGAAGGCACCAUGAAGCAUGAGAAUGAUUUGCAAACCAUCCCUCAGGCCUGGUAAGAAAAUAAUGGCAAUUUACUUCAGUUAAAUAAUAAACUACAACAGCAUACAAGGUUUGUUGCUGUAAUUCUGGAUUAUGAUUGCUCUUGCACCAAAACUGCUAGAGAAUGGAGAUUUGGGGUAGUUUCUUUUUAUGUUUCAUAAUUUUCUUGUUGCAGUUUGGAUGAACUACUGUGAUGGUGGGGGUGGAGAACAGACAGACAGACGGAAGAUGACACAGGGAAACUUCCUAAACUCUGUAGAAAUCUAACAGAAAAACAUUUGCCAGCUUGAUUCUUCUCACUACUCUCCCUUGCCCUUGCAGUGGCCCUGGGUAUACCCUUUCCUCAGUCAGUGUGAGAAAGAGCUGGGGAGUUUUAUAUGGAAAGGAACAGAGGAGCUCUGGCAGUAUGUACCCAUGCUGAUCCCCCAGCUGCAGCAUAUUCACUGUGGAUGAUACACCUCUUCAAAUACCAAUUGCAAAAACUGUCAGUGCCACCAAAAAUAACAUUCUUACUAAGCCAUUUCAGCAGUAGGGAUCUCCAGGCUAACAAACAGGGUAGCUCCAAGGUCUCCCUAGCUCUUGCUCCUUGUCAUAUCUUCCAGUCAUUGGCCAAUGUGAUUUUGCUGGGGUCAUAGUUCAGCACUCCACCAAAAAGGCUACCAAGCCAGGUUUUGAUCUACCUGCCUUAUGUAGGACAGAGUCAGCACCAACAAAGACAUCCUUUCCAUGGGCUACCUUGGUUGACAGGAUCUAUGGGACUUGUCUCACCCUUCCCAGAGUGGCUCUGUUACAGCAUGGUGCUCCAAAGUCCCCAUCAGCCCUGGUGUAAUGUCUUCACCAUCUUCAGCAAUCUUCCUUCUGUGGCUACUCUUGUAUGAGACAAGACACACACUGCCCCAUUCUCUUCUCGAAACCACUAUAUAAAUAGAUGCCAUUUGCUCAGGUUUCUGCUACAUUGGUGCUGGCCAAAAAGACCAAACGAAAAUGACCUGACUGCAGUAAUUUGAAAUUACAACUAUCAAAAAUACUAUCAAAAAAAUAGCAGCUGCCUAAGCAUUUUGGGAGACAAAUCAGUCAGCAGCUUAUUGUGUUUUCUGUUUCUUCCUUUUUGUGGUUUGAUUGUAACUGAAGUCUUAGACUGAUUUUUUUCAGAAAAAUAAUAAUGGGAGGUGAUAAUAAUAAUAACAUACACAGAGUUGUAGACAAUAGGGAUGGCAUUUUACUAUUGUAUCAUCAUUAAGUUCCUUUGUUUUCAAGUGCAAUAAACAGUCAAAAAGA